GCAACAUAUAAAGGUAGCAAAUUUGUAACAAGAUUUUGUUAUUUGUUAAAACUACAACAGAAUUACACGAAAGAAAGAAUAAUGAUAAGCGUACAUAUACUUCAUUUUGGUACGCAAUUGAACUAAUUAAUAUUUUUCAGAAAAAUACAAUUGUGUGAAACUACAAAGAUAAGUGAUAACCAAUUAAUUACGUCAAGUCCCUCAAGGAAACAAAUUUAAGGACGUACCUUGAUACUUGAUACUUGAUACUUGAUUAACAAGCUAAAGCUAAGCAAUUAAGGAAGUCACUGCACUUUAUAAACUCACCCGUUUUCUUAUCUUUCCCUUGAGACAUUGAAAUUAACCAUUACACAGAAAAAAUAAAAAGGAUCUAGAGAUUUGAGAUUUGAGAUUUGAGUAACUUUGAAGGCAUGGCUAGUGAUGAGAAUAGCCCGGCUUUUCCGAUUAAGACGGUGGUGGUGUUGGUGCAAGAGAACCGCUCAUUUGACCACAUGCUCGGGUGGAUGAAAGGGAUCAACCCCGAAAUAAAUGGUGUCACCGGUCAGGAAUCGAACCCGUUGGAUUCAUCGGAUCCUAACUCUAAAAGGGUCCACUUCGGGGACGAGUCCGUGUACGUCGACCCAGACCCUGGUCACUCUAUACAAGACAUUUAUGAACAGGUAUUUGGUGAGAAAUGGAGCCAAGCAUCAGGCGAAAAGAAGAAGGCCCCAACAAUGCAAGGUUUUGCACAAAAUGCAAACCGAAUCCAAAGUGGGAUGGACGAGGCUGUAAUGAACGGAUUCAAGCCGGAUGUUGUACCCGUUUACAAGGAGUUAGUAACCCAAUAUGCAGUUUGUGAUAGGUGGUUCGCUUCAAUGCCUGCAUCUACACAACCCAAUAGGCUUUUCGUGCACUCAGCAACAUCCCAUGGUUUAACAAGUAAUGAUACUGGGAAGCUCAUUGGAGGGUUGCCUCAGAAGACCAUAUUUGAGUCUUUGGAUGAGUCGGGUUACUCUUUCGGUAUCUAUUAUCAGUACCCUCCUUCCACUCUCUUUUACAGGAAUCUACGGAAGCUGAAAUAUGUUUCGCGUUUCCACCAAUUUGAUCUAGAAUUCAAGAAGCAUUGCAAGGAAGGGAAGCUACCAAAUUAUGUGGUAAUCGAACAAAGAUAUUUUGACUUGUUAGUAGUGCCAGGAAAUGAUGAUCACCCCUCCCAUGAUGUGUCAAUAGGUCAAAAGUUCAUCAAGGAAGUUUAUGAAGCAUUGAGAUCAAGUCCACAAUGGAAUGAAAUCUUAUUUAUAAUCACAUAUGAUGAACAUGGUGGUUUCUAUGAUCAUGUUCCCACCCCUGUUGAAGGGGUUCCUAGUCCUGAUGGCAUUGUUGGUCCUCAACCAUUUAGUUUUGGAUUUGAUCGUUUAGGUGUUAGAGUUCCGACUAUCUUCAUCUCUCCAUGGAUCCAACCUGGAACAGUGUUACAUGGACCGUCAGGGCCAUAUCCAACAUCAGAAUAUGAACAUUCUUCAAUUCCAGCAACUGUCAAGAAGAUAUUCAAACUGAAAGACUUUUUAACUAAGCGUGAUGCAUGGGCUGGCACUUUUGAGGUUGUAGUCAACAGGGAGACUCCAAGAACUGAUUGCCCAGUUACUCUGCCGGAGCCAGUUAAAUUGAGAUCAAGUUUAGCACAGGAAAACAAGCAAAUAUCUGAUUUCCAAGCGGAGUUGGUGCAGAUGGCAGCUUGCUUAAAAGGCGAUCACAAGAAGAAAACAUACCCAUAUGAAUUAGUGGAGAAGAUGACGGUUAAAGAAGCUGUUGAAUAUGUGCAAGAUGCUUGGAAGAAAUUCUUGCAUGAGUGUGAUGAAUCCAGGAAGCGAGGAGAAGAUGAAUCCACAAUCGUAAUUGUGACUUCACCUAAAAACAGCCGCAGAUCAUUCAAAGGCAAGCUUUUAUCUUGUUUAGCUUGUAACAACUGAAACCCUUUCUUAUGGUUGCACCAAUCAUUCGACCAACUACCUAUACAAAAACAACAAAAUCAAGACAGUUGAUCAAAACAAAGGGCAGAGAGAGGAGGGACAAACAGAAAAUACAUGCCCAAAUUGUAAGAAAUAUCUAACAUAUAUUUAAAUUUCAUGUUCUGUUCAUUGGAUAUAAUGUAAGAAUGUCUUUUUUAAUUACUUAUACAUCAAAAAAUCAAAGCACGAGAUGAGUGAA